AUGCUGCAAGAUCCGCUCUUCUCCCCUGAGCAAAGACGACAGAUGGAUAUCUGGGGUGAGAACCGACUCCGUACGCUGCGUGCCGAGCAUGAAGCUGCGGAGCCGAAUGGAUUCGAUGAGGAAACAUUCUUGAAGGGGCUUUACAAGGAAAUCUACAUCAAGUGGGCAUGGUUGCGCGGUGCGGUCCUGCCCUCAACAGGAGCCGUGGUAAGCACAGAGGAGCCCGAGGCCGCUAUUUGUACCGACUUAUUCUCGCCAGAAGAGAAGUGCUAA